AUGAGGCCUGGGAACCAGAGCAGCGUGUCCGAGUUCCUCCUCCUGGGGCUCCCCGUCCCCCCGGAGCAGCAGGGCAUGCUCUUCGCCCUGUUCCUGGGCAUGUACCUGACAACGGUGCUGGGGAACCUGCUCAUCAUCCUGCUCAUCAGGCUGGACUCACGCCUCCACACCCCCAUGUACUUCUUCCUCAGCCACCUGGCCUUCACUGACGUCUCUUUCUCCUCUGUCACCGUCCCAAAGAUGCUGAUGGACAUUCAGACUAAGUACAAAUCUAUCCCCUAUGUAGGGUGUAUUUCACAGGUAUACUUUUUCAUAUUUUUUACUGACCUGGACAGCUUCCUUAUUACAUCAAUGGCAUAUGACCGCUAUGUAGCCAUAUGCCACCCUCUUCACUACACCACCAUCAUGAGGGAAGAGCUGUGUGCCUUACUAGUGGCUGUAUCCUGGGUCCUGUCCUGUGCUAACUCCCUCUGUCACACCCUCCUCCUCACCCGCUGCAUGAGGCCUGGGAACCAGAGCAGCGUGUCCGAGUUCCUCCUCCUGGGGCUCCCCAUCCCCCCGGAGCAGCAGGGCGUGCUCUUCGCCCUGUUCCUGGGCAUGUACCUGACCACGGUGCUGGGGAACCUGCUCAUCAUCCUGCUCAUCAGGCUGGACUCGCACCUCCACACCCCCAUGUACUUCUUCCUCAGCCACCUGGCCCUCACUGAUGUCUCCUUCACAUCUGUCACUGUUCCUAAGAUGUUAAUGAGCAUGCAAACUCAGGAUCAAUCCAUGCCCUAUGCAGAGUGCAUAACACAAACAUAUUUUUUCAUAUUUUUUACUGAUCUGGACAAUUUCCUUCUCACCUCAAUGGCCUAUGACAGGUAUGUGGCCAUCUGUCACCCCCUCCACUACUCCACCAUCAUGAGAGAGGGGCUGUGCAUCUUCCUAGUAGCUGGAUCCUGGACCCUCUCCUGUGCCAGUGCCCUCUCUCACACCCUCUUCCUGGCCCAGCUGUCCUUUUGUGCUGACAACACCAUUCCCCAUUUCUUCUGUGACCUUGCUGCCCUGCUAAAGCUCUCCUGCUCAGACACCUCCCUCAAUGAGCUGGUCAUUUUCACAGUAGGUGUGGCAGUUAUUACUAUACCACUAAUAUGCAUCUUGAUCUCUUAUGGCCACAUUGGGGCCACCAUCCUGAAGGUUCCAUCUACCAAGAGGAUCUGCAAGGCCUUGUCGACCUGUGGCUCCCACCUCUCCGUGGUGUCUCUGUACUAUGGAACAAUUAUCGGGCUGUAUUUUCUCCCCUCAUCCGGCACCUCCAGUGACAAGGACAUAAUUGCGUCUAUGAUGUACACAGUGGUCACCCCACUGCUGAACCCUUUCAUUUAUAGCUUAAGGAACAGGGACAUGAAGGACGCCCUGGAGAAACUCUUCAGCAGGGCAACUGUCUUGUCUCAAUGA